UAUAGUGUAGUGUAUAGUAUUGUAUAGUGUAGUGUAUAGUGUAGUGUAUAGUGUAGUACAGCACACCGGCGUGUUAUCGGGUGGCGGCGGGGGACACGUAUAUUUGCACGAUCUAACGCAAAACAAACCGGUGUGACGGACGAUAUUGGUCGCGAAAGCCUACUGCCUCAUUCGACCUCCUUUGCCAGUACCAAAAUAUAAUAAUAGGGGUUUUCCCCUUUUUCCCUGGCAAGGACAAUGCAUCAUAUAUUAUCAUAGUAUGUUUUUUGUUUGCAUUUUGACUGCAGGUAUUGUGGUUAAUGCAGCAACGGGAAUCCUUGUAAACAAAAGUUUCAGAUUUGUUGCCAUAAAAAAAGGUGGAAAAACCCCUAUUAUUAUUAUCGCCUACUGCCUGUUAAACUGUUGAGUUUUUUCGUUCACCGAGACGGAACGUGACGAGGGACUUGACCAGGGGUGGGCAAAUUUUUUGACUCGCGGGCCACAAUGGGUUCUAAAAUUUGACAGAGGGGCCGGGCCAGUAACGGAUGGACGGAGUGUUUGUGUGAACUAAGUAUAAAUGACGUGUUAAAAAAUCAUUACGCGAGAGGAUUUGGCCUUUAACAGGCGGCAAAGCAUUUAUACGCAAGGCAAUUUAACGAAUUGCACGAAUGUGAACGAUACAGAAAAACACGCCGUAACUCCCGGUCGAAGUGCGCCAUCUAAUGGGGAAAUGGGGGCACUACAGGAGAAAGGUAAAAUUUAAUUUAUUUAUAAUAAUUAUUAUAUUUGGACAGGUUCGGCGGGCCGGAUCAAAAAACCCAACGGGGGCCGCACUUUGCCCACGUCUGGUCUUGACCGAUUUGCUGCGCGCUUGUUGCACAGCGCGCGUCUGCCGGGAGCAGGGCCCAUGGAGCAAGAGAUGGCGAUGGCGCCCCCUGCCCUCCCCCCUGCUCCCGCCCUCCCGCUCGCGGGGCCCCUCCCCCAGCUCCCCCCGCCGCCCUCCCUCCACCCGGCCGCUACCGCCCCCGACGACGAACCCUCGCCGCACCUCCUCCCUCCUCGUCCGCCGCCUCCGCCGCCUCCGCCGCCUCCGCACAAGAUGCACCGUUGCGACCACUGCGCCUACAGCACGCGGCGCAAGGGCCACCUGGACAUCCACGUGCGCACGCACACGGGCGAGCGUCCGCACCCGUGCGGCGAGUGCGGCAAGGCGUUCACGCAGCUCGGCGACCUGCAGAAGCACCGGCGGACGCACACGGGCGAGCGCCCGUACGCGUGCACCGUGUGCGACAAGCGCUUCUCGCAGAUGGAGCACCUGCUGACGCACCACCGCACGCACACGGACGAGAAGCCCUACAAGUGCCCGCAGUGCGAGAAGGCGUUCACCAUCUACGGCAACCUCCAGCGGCACAUCAAGGCGCACUCGGGCGAAAAGCCCCACCGCUGCCCGACGUGCGGCAAGGCGUUCACCGUGCUCGGCAGCCUCCAGCGGCACCAGACGACGCACACGGGCGAGCGGCCGCACAAGUGCGCCGCGUGCGGCAAGGCGUUCGCGCAGUCGGGCGACCUGCAGCGCCACGUGCGCACGCACACGGGCGAGAAGCUGUACGUGUGCGCGGCGUGCGGCCGGGACUUCACGCAGCUGGGCACGCUGCAGAGCCACCAGCGGACGCACACAGGCGAGAAGCCCUACAAAUGCCUCGCGUGCGGCAAGGCGUUCACCAACUCGUCCAACCUGCGGCAGCACGAGCGGACGCACGUCAAGCAGCAGCAGCAGCUGCUCGAGCAGCAGCAGCAGCAGCAGCUGCAGGAGCAGCAGCGGCGGCAGCAGCAGCAGCUGCAGGAGCAGCAGCGGCGGCAGCAGCAGCAGAGGAAGCGGCGGCGGUCGCAGCAGAAGGCAAACGACGCGGAGGCGCCUCGGGCGCUGUUGCCCGCCAGCCCCGAGCUCAAGUCGGAAGCCGUCGACGACGACGACGACGACGACGGAGGGGCCAGCGAGGAGAGGAGCGACGAGGAGGGCAGCGGCGACGAGGAGGGCAGCGGCGACGAGGAGGGCAGCGGCGACGAGGAGAGGAGCGACGGGGAGUUGAGCGACGGGGAGAGCGACGACGGGGCAUACGCGGGACGCCGACGGCAGAGCGUCGAGCUCGACGACGAAAACGCCGACGACGACGACAACGCCGACGACGAUGACGACGAUGGCGGCGACACUGUCGCCGCCAUCGUCGUGCCCAAGGUGGAGCCCGCGGAGGAGACGACCGCGGAGCCGGGCGCCAAGCCCAACAUCAAACUCAACAUCAAACUCCGCAUCAAGCCGCGGGCGGCCGCCGCCAUCGCCGCCGCCGCCGCCGAGCCCGCGGCGGCCGUGGGAGCGGGCGGCAGACGCGGGGCCAAGCGUAAGGCCAAGCUCAAGGCCGAGUUCGGCGCGGAGCAGCGUGGCCCCGAACUCGAAGCGGACGGUACGCGGGACGGCCCCAGCGUCAGCCCGAAGGAGGCACAGCGGCAGAGCGCGUGGUCUAAUCCCCAUCCAUCCCACGCUCCCCCCUACCCACCGGCGGUCGUCAUGGAGCAGCAGCCGCCGCCGCCGGCGCCGCCGCGGGUUAAAUCCCACCGCUGCCCGCAGUGCCCAUACAGCACGGACCACCGCAGCCACCUGGACAUCCACGCGCGCUCGCACACGGGCGAGCGGCCGUACGCCUGCGGCGACUGCGGCCGCGCCUUCACCGUCUCGUCGAGCCUCAAGGCCCACCGGCGGACGCACACGGGCGAGCGGCCGCACGCCUGCGCCGACUGCGGCCGCGCCUUCACGCAGCUGGGCGCCCUGAGGCGGCACGCGCGCACCCACACGGGCGAGCGGGCGUACGUGUGCACCGUGUGCGAGAGGGCCUUCGCCCAGCAAGAGCACCUGCUCAACCACCAGCGGACGCACACGGAGGAGCGGCCGCACGCGUGCGCCCAGUGCGGCCGGGCGUUCGCCGAGCACGGCAACCUGCGGCGUCACGUGCGGGCGCACUCCGGCGAGAGGCCCCACGAGUGCCCCGCCUGCGGCAAGACGUUCACGGUGCUCGGCAGCCUCCAGCGGCACCAGCUGACCAGGCACGCGGUGACGGGCGACAAGCCGGCGGCGGUGACGGCGGCGACGGCGCCACCGUGCGGGGUCGGCGCCCGGGAGGAGGCCGCGGGGGGCCCUCCUCCGCGGGCGCCAAGGGCGGCCCCCCGCGACGGCCCGUGGGGGUGCGGCAAGGAGCUCGCACCGCGGGGGGCGGUGGGCCUGCGGGGGGGGCCUCCGGCAAGCGGCCCGGACGGCGACUGAGCCGGCGUGCCGGCCCCUCCGGCGUUUCUUUUCAUUUCAUGUACGAGGAGGUGUAGCCCUGUGAGCCUCAUGCGGCUCUUGACUCGGGUGCAACCGCAACAAAACAAAAACAUGAACAAGGAAACAUCUUAAAGUGACUACGCGCAAACAGCGAAAUCCAGGAAAAAACGGCACAAGUCUUGCAGAAAAGGCACCGCACUUCAACGCUGUGUGCAAAAUUCCCAGUGGGGUGCGAGUCAAACAAUAACAACCAUAAGCCAAUUUAGAUUAAAGUUAUCAGCCUAUCUCUGUCCUACAACAAGCAAACAAACGUGGCCAAACCAAAACGUUUUCAAAUCACCAAAACGAAGCUAUAAAAACAAUGUGACGGUGAUCAUAGGAACUGUGAUUCAAAUUUAACAAUAAACGACAUACACAUGAACACGUACUACCGAACUUUGCAGCCAUAGCUUGCAGCAUGAGUCGAUCCAUAACAGCAGGAGUAUCAGUCGGAGUAUCAACAUUUUCAAUACACCUUUAAAGAUCAGCACGCUAUCAUUCAAAACUCAAGAUCAUACUUUUGCAGCGGUCAAACCGGAGCGAUGCGUUUGAUUUCAGGACACUCUGAACAGCAGUGGCAGCUCGGGGUGUACAGCUCCUCUAGAGCAGUUUUGAGUGAACAUCUCACAGGCGGUGAUCCAGGUACCCUUGCUGAUCUGUGUUGUAAGUACUUCGUGGUUGAUUGGCGAUGGCGUUCCAGACUCUGGGGGCAUCAACAGCAAAGGACCCCUUCCUCCAGUAUUUUGUAUGGCAAUAAUGAAUGUGAAGCUGGUAAAUGAGCGAAGAUCUUAAGUCGCAUUGGUUCUUGGAAACGGGUGAGGAGGAUCCAGCACAGGUGGAGCCUGCUGAUCUGUGUCGUAAGUACUUCGUGGUUUAUUGGCGAUAGCGUUCCAGACCCUGGGCCGGGGCACGAGCCGACGUGCCCGGCGCCCCGCGGCGUCUUCGUCCGCCCGCUUGCACACCUCCCGAUAAGCGCGGUUGGCUACGUUCGGCGCCGGCGAUGGUAACCGUCGCCACGGCCGUUGAGGUUUCGGCGAACAGUCUGCGGUGGGGGGGGGGGACGGUGAAUUGGCGGCACGCCGAGUCUGCCGAAGCGCCCCCCCCCAACCCCCACUAUUCCCGUGGGCGUCGAGGAGGAGCGCCGUACCUCCCCGUCUGUCUGUCUUACAUCUGUGGGAUCGAGCGUCUCCCACCCCUCGCCUCUCGCGUGCGUGGGAGGAUUUGGAGCUGCCUCACUGCUCGUCUGUGGUUCCUCCUCCUGGCACCUCUUGAGUCGUCCUCUCACUCUUGAGUCGUCCUCUCCCACUCCGAGUCGAUCUCUCUCACUCUCUGAGUCGUCCUCUCUCUGAGUCAUCCUCUC